AAACUGUCCGUCGUUUCCCUUCUCCCCAUUCAACAGACAGUGUAUCAUCAUCAUCACCUGUCAUGAGUUGUGAAUGGAAAUAUGGGCCAGCAGGACCGUCUCGCGUUGAUGGCGUCAUUCUGUGGCGCCAAAACAGUCUCCUCUCAGCUUCUUUCCAGAGUACCUCCAUUGUGGAGACACACACACACACUUAUCUAGGAUAAAAACAAAAUCACGUGUGUAGUGUUUAAUGUGUCACCCAAACCUGCAGUUUUUCAGCGCGUCUAGUGGUUUUCAGCCCCUGUCGGUCUCGCCAUGAAAGACGACGAUGAUUUGACGGCAGAUUUUCGUUCAGCUCAACUCCAUGCUAAUGUGGCGUCUGUUCCUGAUGGACUUUGCUGGGUGUCAAUUCUCUCCUGUCUACUGCUUGCGUGCUCCUAUGUUGGAAGUUUAUACGUUUGGAAAAGCGAUUUACCAAGGGAUCAUCCUGCAGUGAUAAAGAGGCGCUUCACUAGUGUACUGAUUGUGUCUGCUGUGUCUCCAGUGUUUGUGUGGGCAUGGAAAGAUUUCACCGGCAUCCAGCCUGGUCCCUCAUUGCUGGCCCUUAUGGGGAUCCGGUUGGAGGGGCUCAUUCCUGCUAUCGUUCUACCGCUCCUACUGACCAUGGUGCUUUUUCUGGGCCCUCUGAUCCAGCUAGCCAUGGAUUGCCCCUGGGGGUUCAUUGAUGGGAUGAAAGUUGUAGUCGACCCUUGCUUCUGGACGCUGUGUCUGAGCGACAUGCGCUGGCUGAGGAACCAGGUUGUGGCGCCAUUGACAGAGGAGCUGGUUUUUCGGGCAUGCAUGCUUCCCAUGCUGGUACCCUGUGCUGGACCCUCCACCGCAAUCUUCACAUGCCCGCUCUUCUUUGGUGUUGCUCAUUUUCACCAUGUAAUUGAGCUCCUGCGGUUCAGACAAGGCACUGUCUCAGGGAUUUUCCUCUCUGCAGUGUUCCAGUUCUCCUACACUGCAGUAUUUGGAGCUUAUACAGCCUUUAUAUUCAUCAGGACAGGUCAUUUGGUGGGUCCUGUGCUGUGCCAUUCCUUCUGCAACUACAUGGGUUUUCCGGCUCUGAGCACGGCCCUCGACCACCCGUACCGCCUCACGAUUCUCUCUUUCUACGUGCUGGGGGUCGUUCUCUUCCUCCUCCUCAUCUUCCCCAUGACUGACCCGCUCUUCUACGGUUUGCCCACACCCGUCUGCACCCUGACCUCCACACCUGGAUCCAUCUGUUCCUGAUCCAUCCAUACCUCCAUCCUGCGUUUCAUCCAUUCCUUCUCUCCAGCCAUUUGAAAAGGAAUAGCUGUUUUGUUGCUGGUUUCACCAGGAGAGCGAGGGACUGCUGGAGAACAGGUAUGAAAACUCACAGCCUCCGUGAGGUGCUUGGAAGAACUCGGUGGAUCCAAAACAUCCUCAGGUUUCACUGGAAGUUCUUUUUACCAUUCAGCCGAUGUUGCGUUAUCAAGUGACUUCAGGCCUACAUUUGAUGACGACAAGUUGAUUAUAUGCGUCUGCAUGUUUUUAUGACAUAUUUCAGUGUGUUUAUCAUGAGAUUGGUGCUGGGGAUAAAGAUCAGACACAAUUACGGGUUUUCUAGGAAGAUUUGUAUGCUGAAAUGUGCAUUUCUCAAAUGCAAGACUCCCUAUUUUUCUGUUCCGACAGUACAAUCUUGCUCACAUACACCUUACCUGUUUGGUCUGGUGCCCUUACUUGAAGACGACAUUUGGUUUUCCAGACGUUACAGACUUUUUUUUUUGUUUGUUUUACUCAUUUUUUUUUUUUUAUUGUCUAGAAAUCAUGUCACUCAAUUCAGUAGGCUUAAAGGGAUAGUUCACCCAAAAAUAAAAAUUGUCUACUUACUCACCCUCAAGUGGUUCCAAAUCUGUAUGAGUUUCUUUCUUCUGUUGAACACAAAAGGCGAUAUUUUAUAGAAUGUUGGGAACCAGACGGUUGAUGGCACCCAUUGACUUCCAUAGUAGGGGAAAAAAAACUAUGGAAGUCAAUGGGUGCCAUCAACUGUCUCGUUUAAGUUUGGAACAACAUGAGGGUGAGUAAAUGACAAUUUUUGGGUGAACUAUCCUUUUAAAUCUAGAUAAAUGCCUUUAGGUACGCUAUUGGAGCAAUAGACCUAGACGUAUUAGAAUAACAAAAUUUAGUGAGUGUGUAUCAGAAGAGCACACAGCUUUAUGUGUAGGUCUAGAAAGAAUUGUGACCUCAAGCACAACAUUUCAAAUUAUGAGGUCUUUUUAGCGCAUUGGUAGGUCCUGUCUUGGCUGUGUGUUUUUAAAAAAAAAAAAACAGCUAAUACCAAUUACCGUAUAGAGAUAAUUUGUACAAUUUCAGGAUAUAUUUAGUGAUAGAUUUUGACCAAUGGUAUUUCGUUCAUAUUUAAUGCAGAGCUAAAGAUAUUCUUUUUACAUCAACAUAGGAAUUUAAUUUCUUGUUAACUUAGUUUGGUCGCACUGGAGGAUAUAGUGGUAGAUUGAACGCUUCUGCUUUAGAAAUGGUGGAAAUUCCAACACUUUCUAUUUAUGACAUUACUGUGUAGUCAUAAACCACCUGCAACAACACUGAAACUACCUAAAUCAGAGAAUUACACCUUGAGGUCUUUGACCGAUGUGUUUUACGCUCUAAAUCUAAAUGCUAAGCUUUUUUAUAAAUCUUUUAUACAUUACAUAGUCAUGAACUGAAAUUAAAACUCAUACCACUGAACUGCAUGCUGCUACACUGCUGACAUACGGAUGUUCGGAUGAUGACUGAUAUAGAAACACCAAAUAAGACUCGCAUAACUGCUUAUAGGUAUAGUUCGCCCAAAAAUGAAAUUCUGACAUUAUUAAUAUUUAGUCACCCUCAUAUUGUUUCUUCUGUAGACCACAAAAGAUGUUAGUCAGAUUGUUCAUGCUGCUUUUUCCAUAUAAGUGAAAAAUUUAAAGUCCAUAUGACUUAAGUGCUAUAUUCCACUCAUUUGUGUGAUUUGAAUAUGCACAUAUUCAAAUUAACCUCAUCAGGAAAUUUGCAUAACAUCUUUUGUGUUCCAUGGAAGAAAGAAAAAACAAAAUGAGGGUGAAUAAAUGUUCACUUUUGCUUGAACUAUCCCUUUAAGUUGGCAAAUGCGGCUUGCUACUCAGAAUAGAGGCUGCUUUGUGCAGAACAUUUAAUGUUAUGUAGUUGUUUUUGGUUUCAGUUCUCAUUAAAUGUGAAAGCAGAGUAUAUAGAACUAUAUAGAACUAGUACUAAAGAGAGAGAGUAUAUAGAACUAUCAUGUACUUAAUAUAUUGGCAUGGCUAGCCCUGACGUUCAUUAUGUGUAGUUCAUAGAGUCGAUCAUAGACUUUUCUGUGUUGUGAGAGACCAUGCAAACAUUUUAAGCAAUAGUCUCACAAACAGGAUCAAAUCAGGGAUUUCCAUCUAGUGCCAAGUAAGAGGUUUGUUUUGGGUGUUUCUUUAAUUCAUUCCCAAAAUAAUUUCUUAUUUGGCUCUCUACAACGAAAACAUUUAAGUUCACUUGAACAGCCAAAGUCAUGGUAGGAAUUUAUCACAACUUGUCCAAGUUACUACAGUGAUCUGGUUUACUAGUCUCUCUAGCAUUGAAAGAAGAAUGUUUUUAAGUGUGCCAUAGUGAAUAUGACUGUAUCAACGUGUUUACACAAGGAGGAUGCUGUAUGUAAGCACUGUUUGCCUGUGAUUCGCUACACUGAAUGCUGCUUUAGUUUAGUUGCUUGUGCGCGUUGUGGUUACGGUCAACAGAGGGCGCCAUUGUUGUGUAUUUGUGUUUUUUCGUUUUCCUUGUGUUUUUAUUAAUUAAUCUCUUUAAGUGUUUUGCUUUGCAUUUGUAAUCCUGUUAUUAGAUAAUUUAAUUAAACUAUGAUGAAAUUAUGCCCUGAUACUGAAAAAAUUGAAGAAGGUAAACUUUAACCUUUUUUUUUUUUUUUUUUUUUUCUAACUUUGGAGAUUCAUUCAUUGUUCCAGAUUUGUUAGAUAAUUGAAUCAUGAGAUGCAGAUCGGUCAGCUGAGUGGUUAAACUGCACUGUGGGAUGUUCAGAUUGUGAUUUAAGGAAAGCUGAACACGGGUGCUCUGGCGAGGACAGGAUUGCUGUCAGCGCUGUGAUUGAUUACUGGUGUAACUUUUAGAUGAAGAAUGUUUGUAGUCAAUAUGUGUCAGAAGCUUGUUAGUUUUCACUAAUUGCUGUCCAAUAUGUUUUUCCUCACUUUCUUUCUUUGGUGAAGUUUCUGCAUUCAUUAAUUUUACUAGAGUUUUUUUUUUUUUUCUCUUUCCUUUUUUCUUUCAUCCCCUUUUCGAGUUCACACUGUUCGUUUUUUUUUAAUCUGGUUAGUUGCAAGCAAAACAUUCGCACCCGGGGCGGACUUAUGUUUAGAUACUUUGAACGUCUUCUUUACAGCAAUAGAUGUUCAAAUCUAUUUUUGCAAAUGUGAAACGUAGCUGAGCGCUGUUUUAGCUCACUGAAACAUCACCUGUAAAGUAUAUGAGAAUCGCUACACAGAUGAAUUGAAUUGACUGGUUUGUGAUUACAAACAUGUCUGAUGUUUAUACUGAGAGAUAUAUUUUAUAAUCAAAUCUAUUUUGGUGAAUCAGAGAAUAAUGUGCAUGCUAGUUGUUUUUGAUUAAUGUGCCGAUGCAAUUCACUGAUGGACAAAUGUUUUAUGACAAUCUUUCUGGGGGUCUUUCAAUCCACUCUGCAAAACUCUGCCGUUUGUAAAUAAAUGAAUGAUUUUUUUUAAACACCUCA